AUGGGCCACAUAUCCCAGGCAAGCUAUAAGACGCACGGGGCUCAGGUGAAACGUCAUGACGAUAUCACUCGGUUCGUAGCCGGCCGCCUGUGGCAGAGAAGUUUUGCGGUGGAACGUCAGGUUCGUAUACAGGAUGGAGGGACCUUCUGUAAGCCUGACAUUCUAGCUUGUAAAGGUGAUGAAGCCUUUAUAUUAGACACCCAGGUCUCUGCUGAUAACUUCCCACUCACCCGUCCACAUCAUAGCAAGUGUGACAAGUACGGCACCCUAGAGAUCCUUCAAAAGGGAAUUAGGGAACCAGACACAAUUAGAAUUCCAGAGAACAACAUAGCGCACAACAUGGAGCACAUAGAGGUGUCUAGAGACGAAGUGGAUAAAAAUGCUCAGGGAACUAAGAGCGGAAGGUCGACGGUUCCUCGCAACCUCCCGGCCUGUGGCACAGCCGCCCGCGCUGUGCCACAUUGUUCAAGCAACAAUGACACUGACGGUAAUAGUGCCACUGUUUGUACAGUAAUUGUUAAGCUUGAUAAUGCAACAUUGCACGGAAACUCCCGGCACACCCCCGGCACCCCCCGGCACCCCAGGAACCUCCCGGCACACCCCCGGCACACCCCGGCACAACAGGAACCUCCCGGCACACCCCCGCACACCCCGGCACAACAGGAAACUCCCGGCACACCCCCGGCACCCCCCGGCACACCCCCGGCACACCCCGGCACAACAGGAAACUCCUGGCACACCCCCGGCACCCCAGGAACCUCCCGGCACACCCCCGGCACCCCCCGGCACCCCAGGAACCUCCCGGCACACCCCCGGCACACCCCGGCACAACAGGAACCUCCCGGCACACCCCCGGCACACUCCGGCACAACAGGAAACUCCUGGCACACCCCCGGCACCCCAGGAACCUCCCGGCACACCCCCGGCUCAACAGGAAACUCCCUGCACACCCCCGGCACCCCCCGGCACCCCAGGAACCUCCCGGCACACCCCGGCACAACAGGAAACUCCCGGCACACCCCCGGCACCCCCCGGCACCCCCCGGCACACACCCGGCACACCCCGGCACAACAGGAAACUCCCGGCACACCCCCGGCACCCCCCGGCACACCCCCGGCACACCCCGGCACAACAGGAAACUCCUGGCACACCCCCGGCACCCCAGGAACCUCCCGGCCGACCCACUAG